UCAAGGUUUAGGCUCUCCGUGAAGAUGGCGGCACUCCGUGUGUCCGGCGUUGCUGCGAGUGGCUUGACGUGGGCCUGCUUGGGGGCAACGCGCAGAGAACUUUGGUCUCUCACCAGAAAAGAAAAAGAACCGGUGGUGGCUGAGCCAGUAGAAGAGAUGAGGAAAGAACCUGUUCUGGUGUGUCCACCUUUACGAAGCCGAGCAUACACACCACCCGAAGAUCUCCAAAGUCGUCUGGAAUCACGUCUUAAAGAAGUUUUGGGUUCAUCUCUUCCUAGUGAUUGGCAAGACAUCUCCGUGGAAGAUGGACAUAUGAAGUUCAGUCUCUUGGCACACUUGGCCCAUGACUUGGGCCAUGCAGUACCCAACUCUAAGCUUCACCAAAUGUGUAGAGUCAGAGAUAUUCUUGAUUUCUAUAAGGUCCCUGUUAAAGAUAUCUCUAAGUUUGAUGAACUUACUGUCAGUAAUUUGCCUCCUAAUUUGAAAAUCACCUGGGGUUAUUGAGCAAUUCAGAAAACGGACACACUGAACAUAAUUUUGUUCUGAGCAAGCUGAAUGCUUAUUGGACCUUUUGAUACUUUGUGUUUUAUAAAACAACUUUCUGUAGAAGA